AUGUCUAUUGGAUCCAAAAGGAGGCCAACUUUUUUUGAAAUUUUUCAGACGCGAUGCAGCAAAGCAGAUUUGGGACCAGUAAGCCUAAAUUGGUUUGAAGAACUUUCUUCAGAAGCUCCCCCCUAUAAUUCUGAACAGUCAGAAGAAUCUGAAUAUAAAAUUAACAGUUAUGAACCAAGUCUAUUUAAAACACCACAAAGGAAAUCCUUUUAUCAGUUGGCUUCAACUCCAAUAAUAUUCAAAGAACGAGGUCAAACUCUGCCACUAGCUCAAUCGCCUUUAAAAGAAUUAGGAAAGGAUAUUGCCAAUCGUGAACAUAGACAUUGUCACACAAUAAAGGCUAAAAUAGAUCAAGCAAUUGAUGUUACCAGCCCACCUCUAAAUUCCUGUCUUAGUGAAAGUCCUCUUACUCUACGAUGUAUACGUGUAACACCACAAAGAGAAAAACCAGUGGUAUUUGGAAGUUUAUUUUAUAUACCGAAGCUUAUGAAGGGUCAGACACCAAACAUUUCUGAAAGUCUAGGAGUUGAGGUGGAUCCUGAUAUGUCUUGGUCAAGUUCUUUAGCUACACCACCAACCCUUAGUACUACUGUGCUCAUAGCCAGAGAUGAGGAGGCAUGUGAAACUAUAUUUCCAAAUGAUACUACUGCUAUUUUGAAAGGCUGUUUUUCUAACCACAAUGAAAAUCUGAAGAAAAAUGAUAGAUUUAUCCCUUCUGUUACUGACAAUGAAAACAAAAAUCAACGAGAAACUUGCAGUCAUGGAUUGGGGGAAAUGUUAGAGAAUUCAUUUGGUAAAGUAAAUAGCUACAAAGACCACUUUGGAAAGUCAAUGCCAACUGCCAUGGAAUGUGAAGUACAUGAAACAAUUGCAGAUAUUUCUGAAGAAGAUAGUUUCUCAUUAUGUUUUUCUAAGUAUAGAAAAGAAAAUCCACAAAAGAUAAGAAUGGACAAGAUUAGGAAAAAAAUUUUUCGUGAAACAGGAACUGAUGAAUUCAGUGAAGAAGCUAAUAAACAAGUUAAAGAAAAUAAACAUUCAUUUGCAUCUGAAAUGGAACCGAAUGAUAGUGAUCCUUUAAGAAAUCAGAAGAAAAUUGCUGAGGAAGUUAUACCAUCUUCAGACUGUGAAUGGUCUCAACUAACCCUCUCAG